AUGUUUGGUGAGCAUCUCCGCGCACUGGAGGCAGAGCUUGCCAAGGCCCGAGCGCUCGUCGGAACCCAGACCCCUGAGGAGGGCGUCCCAAUUGGCGUGCGCUGUAUGACCCCGCAAAUUGAUGGCCUCGUCAACAACGCAAUUCCUAUUCCCUGCAAGGCAAACGUGACUGGUAUCUGGCUCUCCCUGCCUCAGCACAAGGCUUGCUACGGUCUAUCAUUGCCCGCAAUCAGGAGCUCCGAGAGAAGGAUAAAUGAGACGUGA